UCAUGCGUGCUAGACGUACGACCACGAUUGCAAACAUUUGUGCGACAAAUCUUAUCUCUUAUCACAUUAAAAAUGAUACAUCGAAUUACCUCACGAGUACGACGAUAAACAUACGUACUCUGAUAAAGAUUACAAGGAGUCAUUGUGUGAAAAUUACUAUUAGUCAGAGACUUGAGACGAUAUAUUUUGAUUUUGUUUUUACAUUUUUUUUUUAAUAAACAUGUUUAAUUAAACAAAUUUAAUUGAAAUAAAAAGUUAAGUGUUAUUAUAAAGAGACAUGAUUGUGCUAUUUUUAAUAAUCGUGGGCACUGUUUUCGUGAAGUCAACUCCUUGCAGUAGAGACGAAAGUUUGAACAUAACAAACGGUAUCGCUUUUGAAAAUGGUUCGGUGUUUUACGAUGGUUUGGAAUACGUUGACGGGAGUUGGUAUGUUCUGGACGUUGAUGGAUCGGACGUCCGAUUCGGCUGUCCGUGCAUCGGACGCUUAUGCUUGUGGAAGUGUUGUGGGAUCGGACAAAUGUUCCUGAAUAGGACAUGCUCGGACGUAGAUGUCAGUGAGGCGAAUCCCUUCAAUCCGCCAGUGUUCAGAGGCCGGGAGCCUUCGACGGUGAUCGCUUACCAGCACUUCGUUUACAUGCCGAGACAGUCGUGCGAUAUGUACCUGGUGGAUUCAAAUUCGAGGGGCGAAGAAAUAUACUUACAAGAAAACGGGACGUUAUUUGAAAUAGCCAAUAACGUGCUACAAUGGCACUCCCCGGUGAGGUUCUGCCUCGACAUGAAGUUGGACGACAGCUCCCCCAAGUCCAGAUUAGUGGGAGGAGUUUGCUACCCGGACCAAAACUCCAACGGUGACAGCCCCGGACUUUUCAUCGCUUAUGGCGUCGGUCUAAUGCUCUCUGUGCCGUUCCUCUUGGCUACGUUCCUCGUGUACGCCUUCAUCCCGGAGCUGCGGAACCUUCACGGCAUGUGUUUGAUGGCGUAUUGCGGGGGGCUCAUCGUCGCCUACCCCUUCCUAGCCUACCUCAAGCUGCAUACUGGACAAGUCGGCGUGGCCAUGACUGGAUGCUACGUCAUAGCCUUCAUCAUUUAUUACGCAUUCCAAAGCAGCUUUUUCUGGCUCAACGUCAUGUGUUUCGACAUCUGGAGGACUUUCAGUGGUUAUCGAGGAGGCAGCUCAACCAAACGACGGGAGAAGAAACGGUUUGCAAUGUACGGCGCAUACGCGUGGGGUAUCCCGGCUUUGCUCACGGCGGUCACCAUCGGCAUGCAGUUCAGCACCAAUCUACCCGAUCAUAUCAUAACACCGGGUUUUGGGAAUCGUCGAUGCUGGUUCGACAACUGGAUGAGCGAGCUCGUGUAUUUCUUCACGCCGGUGUUUGUGUUAGUCGUAUGCAACGUGGUGCUCUUCUCCAUAACAGCGAACCGAAUACGAGCGAUCAGACAAGAGACGGCCAUUUUGAAGGGCUCUGAGUCGUCGCGAAGUGAUAAAUUGAAGAAGGAUAAACAAAGAUAUGGCCUGUAUUUGAAGCUAUUCGUGAUUAUGGGUGUGAACUGGAGUGUAGAAGUGAUCAGUUUCGCAGUGGGCGGCUCCAAUUGGUAUUGGAUAUUAAUUGAUCUGUCGAACAUAGCUCUCGGGAUAUACAUCUUCUUCAUAUUUGUAUGGAAAAAUAAAGUUCGCAGCUUAGUCGCUAAGAAAUGGCGAAGCAUUCGUGGCUUGCCCCCAGACAGCACAUUGGGCACCUGGGGGACCCGAUCCAGCUCAGCGCCCACUGAAGACACCAGGGUUUCUGCUGAAGAUUCAGGAAUGCGGCUUCGUGAAAUACGUUGAUAUAAUAAUCAAACUACAUACAUUUAGUUGAUCGGCAGACAGCGAAAGUGUGCUUUAGUUUUUUUUUUUUUUUUUUAUUCUUUACAAGUUAGCCCUUGACUACAAUCUCACCUGAUGGUAAGUGAUGAUGCAGUCUAAGAUGGACGUGGGCUAACUUGUUAGGAGGAGGAUGAAAAUCCACACCCCUUUCGGUUUCUACACGGCAUCGUACCGGAACGCUACAUCGCUUGGCGGUACGUCUUUGCCGGUAGAGUGGUAACUAGCCACGGCCGAAGCCUCCCACCAGCCAGACCUGAACAAAUUAAGAAAAUCUCAAUCUGCCCAGCCGGGGAUCGAACCCAGGACCUCCGUCUUUUAAAUUCCACCGCGCAUACCACUGCGCCACGGAGGCCGUCAAAAGGCCGUUUAUGAGAUAGGUACUCGGCAUUUACCAGUCUGGUAAGGUUGUUGAUGACAUCUCAUGAUAUGCGGGCGACGAGGGGCAAGACAGCGCGUGAAAUCGUGCGUGCGGGGAAGUGAGUCAUCAGUCGUUUUCAUUCAUCGCUACACGCCCCCCGGCCCGCGCGGACCAUCGGGAGUGUUAUGAAUGAAGUUGCCAAGCUAUAGUUUGAUUUUUGUUGUUAGUCGCCCGCCUAAUAUUGUAGUUAAAGAGUAGAGAAUCUAAAUUAGGACUCAUCAUAACUAUACUUCAGCCCUACUCGAUGUGUACUGUUUACCAACAAAGAAUUUAAAAAUGAGGGUAUAAAUCACUAGUCAUUUCACACCCAACAAUAAUUAUAAUUAACUUGUUCUUAUUAGUGAAAUAAAUUCAAUUAAUAAGCUUAGAUCAACUAAAUAUAAUUAAUAUAUAUUUUAAACUAGCGGACCCGGUCAAGCUUCGUUUUGACAUAAGUGCACUUAUUCUCUAUCCCUACUCUACCCUUCUAUACCUCUACCCCUACCCUACCCUUACCCUACCCCUCCUACCCCUACCCUACCCCUACCCUACCGCUUGACUCUUAAACGUUUGUAUGGGAAAUAGAAAAGGGUUGUUUUUAUGGUUUUCCCGGCAAUUAUACUAAUUUUUCUUACCUUUAAAACCUUCCCUAUACCUCCACGAACAUUUCAAGACCAAGAUAAGAUAAAUCCGUUCAGCCGUUCUCGAGUUUUAGCGAGACUAACGAACAGCAAUUCAUUUUUAUAUUUAUAGAUAACAUUUUAUAAUCAAACAAUGUAUGAUUUAAAUUAAAUAAGUUAUAAAAAUUACGCGUUUUCUACCUUCAUUUCUAAUUUGUUUAAAACAGUACACAUCGAGUAUAAAUCGUGAUAUUAUGAUGUGACUGAAGUAUAAUUGAAAUAUUUUAAGUAACUAUUAAUAAUAGUUUGGCCUGGAAUUUAAAAUAGAGGGCCUAAUGGCAGUUUGAUACUGUGACGAUCACGUUAACGUAAACGCGAAUUUCCAAGGACUUGAAAUAACGCCAUCUAGUGGUACUACUGCACAACUGUUUCAAUUCCAUUUAAAUUCGCGUUUACGUUAACGCGAUAGUAACAGAUUGGUACAAGGCGGUUUUAAUUCUGAUCUAAUUUCUAGUUAUGACACUAAUUAAUAUUGUAGGUACAGGCGAAAGUUUGUAUGGAUGUUUAUUAAUAUUGCACGCAAACUACGAAAUGGAUUUGACUGAAAUUUUAAAUGGAAAUAGAUUAAAUAAAAAGGCUUCUUUUUAUUCCAGAAAACUAAAUGGUUUUCGCUGGUUCUGUGAAUUUCACUACAAUUUAGUCAGUAAAAUAUUAUCAAUUUUAUCAAUCGGAUCAUAUUAUUUAAUUUAGAAGGAUUGGAGACACAGUCAUUACCUCUUUUAUUUACGUAGGACUUUGCUAGUCACUUUUAUAGAAUGUUUUAAGAUGAUUUUAGACGUAAGUUCACUUACAUAAGUUAAGAAAAUUAAUAAUAAAAGUAUCUACUGCACUCCAAAAUGCGAAAUAUUCAUAUACCUUUAAAUAAUAAAUCUUAUUGGAAUAUCAGUUUCUACUAAUAAUUUUUUAAUAAGGCUGAUUGUCAUAUAAUAUUUACAAAAUCACUAUUACCGUUAUAGAACAUAGAAUUAUUUUUUUACUAAAGCAUAGAUAGUAGGUAUAGGUACCUAAUGAAGUACCUAAGGAACAAAAAUAAUAUAAGUUUCGUGCUCAGACCAAUUAUAGAAGGACCUGUUUCGCACUCACAGUCACCAACAAAAUUGUCCGUCAUUUUCUGAGGAAAACGAGCUUAGAUUUUGUAUAUAUCUUAUACUAAACUAAAAGUUUUUGCCCGUUUUUUACACAACUCAAUUAUAUCAAAAGGUAUUUUUACGGAGCUCUUUAACCGCCGAACACGAUUACAACUAUUUAACAUCGAUUCUACAGCCACAGUUUUUAUAAUCGCAUUAGAUUGUUGAUCAUAUACUUUGACAGAAAAGUAACGUCUAGCGAGGCAGGUUCUAUACAAUAAUUGGUCUGAGGUUUCGUGGUUUCACUAUCUAAUUUUUUUACUUAUAACAAUAUAUGUAAGUAGGUACGCGUAGUAUUUUUUUCAUUCCUUACAAGUUAGUAAGAUCACUCCUGAUAGUAAGUGACGAUAUAAUCUAAGAUGGAAGUGGGCUACCUUGUUAGGAGUUGGAUGAAAAUCUACACCCCUUUCGGUUUCUACGCGACAUCGUACCGGUACGCUAAAUCGCUUGGCGGUACGUCCUUUCCGGUAAGGUUGUAACUAGUCACGGCUGAAGCCUCCCGCCAACCACACCGUGACUAAUUUAGAAAACCUCAUUCAGCCCAGCCGAGGAUUGAACCCAGGACCUCUGUAUACCUAUGCCUAGUUAUUUAUCUACUCGUACGUAAACCUUGAAAUGUAAUCUGUUUACAAAGGUAAUUGAAAUAUCAAAUACAUUUUGUUUUUUUUAAAUUUUGAUUCCCAGAGCUCGGGUCAGUUUUAGGCGUAGCUAGAUAACCAAAGGCCCUGGUGGCAUCUAAGCAUAUAAUUAUUAUGCAUUUACCUUCAUAACGGGCGAAGAAUUUAUCAUGAAUCACUUAAUCUUUUAUAUACUUAAACUGAAGGUUUUAUUAAGUAAAAAAUAUAUUCAUCAGCUCUUUUUGUUUUCGAAAUUGUCUAAGUUCAGUUUGAUCGCGAUUUUCUAGUAAGGAUUCGAGGGUCCCCUUAGGUUGAGGGCCCCGGUACAUUAGCCCCUGGGUAGUUCCGCCAUUGGUCAGUGUAGGAUUUCAUAUUUUCUAAAUGGGCCCAACCGAUUUAGAAAAUAUGAAAUCCUCGUUCCUCUUUCUACGAUCGCUAAUGCUUCGAAAACUAGAAAAAUGUAUGGGAAUGACAUUUGCUAUUGACAGGUCACGUGAUCAUGAUCUGUCAUUCCCAUAAAUUGUUCUAGUUUUCGAAGCGUUAGCGAUCGUAGAAAGAGAAUCGACGUGCCACUUGGCUACAGGGGCUGAGCCUAUCUAGAAAAUAUGAAAUACUAUCAGCAGAUAUAGUCUGGUUGUACUUACACAUCGGCCGUCGGCGCUCUACAGCCAUAGCCAAGUGAUUUAGCGUUACGGUACGAUGGCCGCGUAGAAAUUAUCUUCUUAAUACUUAAAUCAUAAUAAUUAUUAAGUAAGUAACGUAAAUAAUUUAGGUUUAUUAUUCACAUAUCGUUUAAACGUAUAAGUACGAACAUCUAUGCCUAUAAUUUAAAAGUUAGAAUUACCUAUACUAAUUGUAGUUUGGGUCAUUUGUACGUACUUGUACCGAAUCGUAAAUCUAUGUACUCAUUCCAAUACGCCUUUGGAAAAUUAUGUAGAUUUCCAGUGACCGUUAUUUGAAUAUGGGAGUGUUUAAGCCUCUGUUGAGAAAGCUUUUAGGUAAUUAUUUAAGUAAUGAGUAUAGACAGUGUGUCCAGUCUCAAGACGUGAUGAAUUAUUAUAAAUAGAUUGGCUAUAUAUAAUAAGGGGCUGGCUAUAUAUAUAUAGCAUAUAUCUAUAGACUAUACAUAUAUAUUACCUACAUAGUUAGAAUAUUGUUUAAGUAUAUUUAUUUAAAUUUAAUAUAGUACCUAUAUAUUGUAGUAGACUUCUCUUUCUCUUCCCCACUUUCAACCCCCAGAACUUUUGAAUGGCUCAACCGAUUUUCAUCAAACAUAUCUGAGAACACUCGCCCAUAUAAAAACACCUUUCAUAUAAAAAAAAAACUAAAUUGAAAUCGCUUCAUCCGUUCGGGAGCUAUGGUGCCAUAGACGGACUGACAUGUCAAACUUAUAACACCACUCUUUUUGCGUCGGGGGUUAAAAAUAAAACAUUUAAUAUUGUAGUAUUAUUUUCUUGCUAUCCUAGUGAAAAAUAGUAUGUAACACUAAACAUACCUCGUAUAUUUAAGAGGUAUUUUUUUAUUUGUAUACGUAUCUAGUAUUAAUAUUGAUUACCUCAUCGGAUCGCUAGCUCUGAGUACUAAUAAUUGCGACAAGGCAAUUAUUAGUACCUUAUCGCUCUAGCCACGGGACAUUCGCCGUGAUAAAUUUUCGCGCGGUUUGAUUGUCGAAAUGUCAACAAGCGAUAGAAAUGGCGCAAAAAUUCGCCAAAGCGAAUUUCUCGUGGCCAGGUAUCUGCUGACUCAGAUAGAGUUUGGAUUGGUACACUGUAGGUGUGUAUGAGAUAAAAUAAGUUUAAUGUAAGCAGUGGCAUGCACAAGGUUUUAAACUAGGGUAUGCACUAUAGGUGCAAAUUAGUAAAAUGAAAACUUCCUUCACCAAUACAGGUCCGUAUUGAAUCCUCAGGGUGUGCACUGCGUUUAUGCAUCUAUGAAGUGCACGCCACUGAAUGUAAGUUGAGUGCCUAGGUAGGUACUUCUAACUACUUCAGGGCCUGUAGCCAUUGUUAGCACGUCGAUUCUCUUUCUACAAUCGUAAACGCUUCGAAAAUAAAAAAAAAUGUAUGGCGAUGACAUUUACUAUCGACAGGUCACGUGAUCAAGUUAUCGAUGGGACAUGUCAUUUUUAAUAAUCGUUAGCGUUUGUAGAAAGAGAAUUGACAUGCUACAUGGCAACAGUCCCUUGGUCUUGUUGAUUUAACUUAAAGUUAGUCUACUUACAGUUUAGUUAGUUUUUUAAGUACGGGUAGUAGGUAGAUUUUCAGAAAAAUCAUUCUUGCUGUCAUCAUCACCCGCCCGCGGGACUGUUGUCGUGCCCACUCCUAACACAGUAUUUUCUUACUAAUUGGAGGGGAACGGGAAUUUUGGUCAUAUUUGAAAUAUAUGAAAAUUAUAUUAUUUCAAAAAUAUUUAAAAAAAAGCGUGUUUUUAGGUAAGUGCAUAUUAUGAGGGGUUUAGAAAUCAGCUUCAGCUUUAUGUAGGUAAAUAUAUUUUAUAUUUAAGGAGCUUCACGUACUUAUAUAAUAUUAUGUUAUAUGUAUUUUGAAACCUGAUUAUUUGUAAUUUGUGUAAUAAAGUGUUUGCUUACAA